CCUUCCUUCCUUUUUUUUCAGAACAUGAGUGAAAACUUGAAGGACUGUUUGAACCAGACCCAGGCUUCCUUAGGAGAAAUGGUGACAAUAAAAACAGAGGCCUGCUCACCGCACCAGGACCAGGAGUAUGGACAGCCUUGCUCUGGAAGGCCCGAUCCACAGUCCAUGGAUGUGGAGCCCAAGAAACUGAAAGGGAAACGGGAUUUGAUCAUGACCAAGAGUUUCCAGCAAGUGGAUUUCUGGUUCUGCGAGUCCUGCCAGGAGUACUUUGUGGAUGAAUGCCCCAACCACGGUCCCCCUGUGUUCGUCUCUGACACACCAGUGCCUGUUGGCAUCCCUGACCGGGCAGCACUGACCAUCCCGCCUGGCAUAGAGGUGGUGAAAGAACCCAGUGGGGAGAACGACGUGCGCUGCAUGAACGAGGUGAUCCCCAAAGGUCAUAUCUUCGGGCCAUACGAGGGACAGAUCUCUAGCCAGGACAAGUCCGCAGGAUUCUUCUCGUGGCUGAUAGUUGACAAGAACAACCGCUAUAAAUCCAUCGAUGGGACAGAUGAAACCAAAGCAAACUGGAUGAGGAACAUGGCUGAACGAAAGAGGAAGCCCAAGUUUUCCAAGGAAGAACUGGACAUUCUGGUCACUGAGGUGACCCGAAAUGAAGCCAUGCUGUUUGGGAGGCAGACAGUGCGUCUGUCUCAUGCUGACAGGGACAAGAUCUGGGAAGACAUAGCCAGACAGAUCACAUCAGUCAGCCAGGUCCCCAGAUCUGUAAAAGACAUUAAACACAGAUGGGACGACAUGAAGAGAAGAACCAAGGACAAACUGGCAUUCAUGCAGAGAUCCCUUUCUAGCCCCAGCAGCAAGGGGCGGCCCUCAGCUAUCGUCCUGACCGCCCAUGAGAAAGCUAUCGAGUCAACGCUGCAUUCAUCGCGCCAUGUGCACAGCUUCCGGAGAGCGGAUCUGGAUGUGGUUGACAGCCUGUCAACAAGCUCUGACGAAGAUGAGGAGAUGCCAGGAACUUCUCAGGAGCACCACUCCUCAUCGCUGCAGAGGGCCAAUGUAGAAAUCAGCCAUCUCUCCAGGCCCUCCUUCCUCCACACCUCUUCCUCGUCAGAGCACUCAGAAGCUAUCAGCCAAAGGCAGGAGCUGCACCAUCCUUCACCGUGCACCUCCUCGUCCUGCAAAUCCCCACGUCCCAGGACAAGAAGCCCGCCUCUCUCCAGCUUUGAUCACCAGCUUCUUCAUUCCCACCUGCAACAAACAGACCUGUUCAGGCAGUUCUGCCAGGAGCUGGUGGCUAUUCACAGGGACAUGGCAGAAAGCAUGCAUGUCAUUGGUCAGAAGAUGACCGACCUCACCAGUCAGGUUGGCCAAAUGUGCCAGACCCUAUCGGAAAUCCGUGAUGGGGUCCAGAGUUUUCAUAGGACACAGAGCCCUAGUGUCACAUGGAAGCCUCUUCUGCAAGCAGCUCGCUCAAAACCACCCCCUGAGCCCAGUGCAGAAUCUAACCAACUGCCUCCAAAACAGACAGCUCCUGCACGGACUACCAGAUCACGAAAGAGAAAACACCAUAUUUAGUCUGCUUCAUAUAAAGUAAAGAAGGUUGCCCUGUCUAGAGCUGCUGCAUGCUCACUUGGCCUCUCCAUGUAUACUAGAACUAUAUGGGGAAAGUUAACAGCUAACCCCAACCCAUCUGUCCCUCUGCUAACGUCUAACAAAGCACUGUGAAUUACAACAGCUGAAUUGUAUGGCUGUCCCUCUGCACUGACAAAGAGGAAUCUCAGAUCUUACAGAUUUUGGGAUAUAGGGCAUCUUCCUAUUCAUAGAAACGAGAAGAUUUAACUAUUUUCCCCAUGCUUUAUAUGCUUUGUAAGCUAAGAGAUGCAGUAGGAAUCAUUACCUUGAUCUCUUUGUGCCUGCAAAGCAUUAUUUACUGAGACUAUGUCCUAGAGAACUCCCUUUGCUAUCAACCCACAGAUUGACCCUACUACUGCCUUCCCAUCAUCUUCCUGCAAAUUACCAUAUGCACACUGCGGAGCCUUAACUAAUAGAUGCAUCCUUUACAGCUCUAAAGUUUUCUUGCUCAUUAUUUUUAUCUUGUGCUCAGCAAUAAUGGGCAAUUCAGGGCUUACUUGACUGUUAGGCAUAGGUUUGGGAAGAGGUUUGUAAAAGCAGAGCAUAUGCAGAGGGAAAGGAAGCAAGCACAAUGCUGCAAGAUCUUUCUGCUGUCAGAAUGACAGGAGAUCUGAGCUCUUUGUGGCAUUAGAGUGCUGAGAAGGGCUGAUCUGGUAUGUGCCUGCAUGCUGUAGUACCACAUGCAUUUAAGUAAAAAAGUUUAAUCUUUUUCUCUUCCAGUCUAUGUGAAACUUCCAUCUGCCUUUCACAACUGAAGUUAAAAUACAAUUAUUUCGUAGUGUGAUGGCUCUUAAACACAAUUAUAUCAUAUUAUUUUCUUUUGUGUAGUAAUCUUCAGUUUUGAACCACCUCUCCCUUCAUUAAAAUCUAAGAGACUGCAUAGAAAUAAGGGAAGAGACAGGGCUUCUGCCCUCAAGAACAGUUUGUUUGUGUCACUGUAACUCUGCUGACUUCAGUACAGUUGCUUCGGACUUGCUCAGUAUUACUUGGGAUGGAAUCUGUGCUGUGGUCUCCUAUUGUGAAAAGUUUACAUCUAAAUUCCAAGCUAUAUAGUUUAAGGUCUUGAACAUGUUGGCUCUGUACUGCUUCCUAACCCCAUACAUAUGCUAGAAAGAACUGUAAAACAUUUUAGUUGCUUUAGUGCUGCAUGAUGUUUCCAUGUACAAUCCCAAUUCUGGAAGUAUUUAAUAAUGUUGCCUCAGGUGGAGAUAAUGUAUUUGGCAGCUCUUUUUACAGCAUGACUGUUCUCUGCUUGAUUGCCACAUCUGCACCUACUGUGCUGCCCCAUGUCUGAAUUUAUCAGGGCCAUUAUCAUGCCAUGCCCCAGCAGGGAAGAAGGGUCAAGGUGGUACCUACACGCAACUAGCACACCACUCUGGGCUGUCCCAUUGUGGGUACAGAUGGGUUGCAGAAAACUAUUCAAGUCAGUGUGAUUGUCCAUCGCUGUUCCACGUGUGAGCUAUAGGCUUGACCAAAAAGCUGUAUACAUUUCAGCAGGAAUUGAACAUAGGCAGCACAGAAUAACAGAAGGAUGUCGUAUGUGUUCUUGGAGGAUCUUCUUCAUCAAUCUGUUUGGCCUGUCCUUUGAAAGUAUAGUGCACUAGCUUCUCUGAUGACUGUAUGUCUCCUGUGUCAGACAUUUCUGAUGUGCUUUUCCUUUUUU